UGGGAAGCUUGAAGCACGAUGGGGAACUGCUAUCCUCAUUUAUAGAAUGACAGAACAAUUUGGAUAAAUGGCGAUUUUCAAAAGGAAACUGUACCAGCUAUGGUUUCUGUUUUUUGUUUUGUUUAUUCCACUAUCAGGUGUUUUUUGUUUCAGUGAACUCUCCUUCAUCAUCGAGCCCAGUGAUAUUACAGUGAUAUCCAAGGAUCCAGUGGUCCUGGACUGUGUGGCCCACGGACAGCCUCCCAUCAUCAUCAGAUGGCUGAGGAAUGGAGUCAGGCUAGCUGAGAGCGAGCGGCUUCAGUUCCUGUCCAACGGCUCACUGUACAUACUGGAGGCCAGGAGAGAUGGAGAAGGGUCGGACGGAGGGUUUUAUCAGUGCCUCUCCCAGAACAAAUAUGGAGCCAUCCUAAGCCAAAGAUCCCGCCUGACUAUCGCAAAUAUCUCACCCUUCGUGGUGCAGCCCGUGCCUUUGGAGGUGACCGAAGGUUCCGUGGCCAGGUUCACCUGCCAGGUGACCUCUAACCCUCCUGCCACCAUCACCUGGGAGCUAGACCAAAGCACACUACUGUUGGAGACAGACAGAAUCACAGUCCUGCCCAACGGAGCUCUCCAGAUUCAAAACGUCCAACUAGAGGAUGCUGGGAAGUACCGUUGUGUGGCCACCAACAUCGGCAACCGCGUCAAGAGUAGAAAGGCAACGCUCUCCGUCAUCAACCAAGGUUCUGGCCCUAAACCGCGUCAGAGGCCCCGGAUCAUAGCGGGCCCACAAAACAUGACGGCUUCCCUCCACUACACCGUGGUCCUGGAGUGUGUUGCUACGGGCAACCCCAGACCCAUCAUCUCCUGGAGCCGGGCCGACAGUAAACCCAUCGACGUGUUCAAUGCCAGGGUGCUGGGCAGUGGAAACCUGGUGAUCAGUGAUGUGAAGCCUCAGCACAGUGGAGUCUACCUCUGUAGAGCCACCACCCCAAGAACACGCAACUACACCAUCGCUACUGCCAACCUCACCGUGCUCGAGCCCCCAUCACUGGUGGAGAGACCCGAGAGCCAGACCCGUCCCAGGGCUGGCACUGCCCGCUUCGUGUGCCAGGCUCAGGGGGUGCCCCUGCCACGCAUCACCUGGCUGAAGAACGGAGAGGAGGUGCACCUGAACGGCAGGAUCAAGAUGUACAACAGUAAACUGGUGAUCACUCAGAUCACAACGGAGGAUGAUGCCAUCUACCAGUGUGUGGCGGAGAACGAACAGGGCAGCGUUCUGUCCCUGGCACGCCUCAUCGUGGUGAUGUCUGAGGACCGGCCCAGCGCUCCCAGGAACAUCCACGCUGAAACCAUCUCCUCCUCAGCCAUCCUACUGGCCUGGGAGAGACCCAUCUACAACGCUGACAAAGUCAUCGCUUAUUCUGUACACUACAUGAAGGCUGAAGGACUAAACAAUGAGGAAUACCAGGUGGUGAUUGGCAACGACACGACCAGCUACAUUAUAGAUGACCUGGAGCCAGCCUGGAACUACUCUUUCUACAUGGUGGCCUAUAUGCCGAUGGGAGCUAGCCGUAUGUCUGACCAAGUCUGUCAACACACUCUGGAGGACGUGCCCCUGCGUACCCCAGAGCUCAGCCUGACCAGCCACAGCCCUACAGACAUCCAGGUUUUGUGGCAGCCUCUACCAACCAAAUUGUCCCGUGGGCACAUCUGGGCCUAUCGUCUGUCCUACCGUACAGCUGCAGACGCCACGGUUCUGUCUGUGGAGCUGGCCCAAAACAACACCCAGUACCUCCUGGGAGACCUUCAGCCUGAUACCGUCUACCUGCUCCGGAUCUCUGCAGCCACCAGGGUGGGGUGGUGUGAACCCUCCUCCUGGACAUCCCACCGCACUCCCAAAACCUCCAGCAUCAAAGUGCCACCUGCCCCACUGCUGCAGCAACUGGAGCCUCUCAACUGCACCUCCAUCUUGGUUCGAUGGCAGGCAUCUCCAGGCUCCGUGGUCGUCCAGGGUUACCGGCUCUGUUACCAUGAGGAGGGUCAACCAGAACAGCCCUCCAUCCAGCUCCAGCCUGAGGACACAGAAUACACCAUCAGUGGUCUGAACCCAAGGCAGAAGUACCAGGUGAAACUGUUGGCAUUAAGCCUUGUAGGAGAUGGUUACCAGGCCGACCAGACUCUCAGCACCCCAGGAUGUGUAUCAAUCAGAGAUCACCCGGUGGCUCAGCCUCCAGCCCCGGACCAUGUGAGAGCGUUGGCUAACAGCUCGUCGGCGGUGUACCUGCGUUGGAGCCGUCCUGCCUUCGCCUCUAGGAAGGUUGUUAGCUACACAGCUCGCUGUACACCUGUGGGCCUGAUGAACGUAUCAGCCAUACGCUACAUACAGACUACCAAUCAGAAUGUGGUGAUACAGGGUCUGGAACCCAACACACGCUAUGAGUUAGUGGUGCGUCUCCAUGCCGACCAGCUGUCCAGUCCCUGGAGUUCUGUUGUCCACCAGAGGACCCUUCCUGCAGCGCCCAGUCGUCCACCUGAAGAUGUGAGGGUUCUGAUUGAGGACGGCACAGCCCUGGUUUCCUGGAGGGAACCAGAGGAGAACAACCUGGCAGUGACGCACUACACCAUCCUGUACGCCUCACAGAGGGCCUGGCUGGCCGGACACUGGCAAAUACUGCAGAGGGAGGGAAGUAACACCAUGGUCCUGCUGGAGCGUCUGGAGCCUGGUAACGUCUACCUGGUGAAGAUAUCUGCCUCCAACCUGAUGGGAGACGGGCCCUUCUCUACCACUGUGGAGCUGGCCCUGGGGCCCGGGCCUAGACACAGAGGGAAGAGCCCCAGGCAUUCAGACAGCGGAUCCUCCUCAGACACUUCAGUGUUCUCUGAUGGCCAGUACCACAUGGACCAGAAGUCCAUGACAGGCCUCAUGGUGGGGGUCUGCAUCACUCUGGCUUGUAUCGCCAUCUGUGCUCUCAUCCUCAUCAACAAAGGCAGAUCCAGGAAAUCGUCCAUCUGUAAGAUCAUGGACGUAGUGAACGGUGAGAGACCCCAUGGUCCACAUGCUGGUUUGGCCCUGGCCAAUGACCACCAGGCUGACAACAUAGAGGCCCUGAUGCCUGUGAUGGCACAACACUUCAUUGAUGCCAAGGGUGGUUCUAACCUGGUGAUUAGUAGAACAGGUCCAGUCAAUGGCAGCAACCGCGGUAAGAGAUGGCAAUUCUUCAAGAGGGAGAGACGUAAUACAAAUACAAGCCAGGCUGAGAACAGAGUGUGUCUGUACGAGGUAGGGAAGACCGUGCUGUGUUACGAGGAAAAGGUAGACGCUCUUCCCCUCCAGCCUUCCAGCCUGCAGAUCCUGUUUGGACCACUAGGGGGCUUACAGCGCUCCAUGGGUAGCAGUCGGGGAAGCAGCUCUGGGACCACUGAGACCAGCGAAGGAAGCCACGAGACAGGAGACUCCGGUCACGAGAGUGAGAAUGAGUAACCCGUCCACAGAUACGUUCGGGCCGUAAUUCCAGCCAUCCGUCCUUCGGGUCAGAGUUGGAUGACAGCUCAACUCCAGAGGAUGAAGAGUGUUUUAGAAGCGGAGGAAGAAGGAAAUCCUGGUUUUAAAGUGGAAUCUGAGGUGACGACACCAAGCCCAACCCUUACCAUCAUCACCAUCAUCUCCACCGGCCUGAUCAUGACACUGUCCAGUGGUCGUCCCUGUUCCCUCUCGGCUGAGGAAGUUACUUAUCCUGUCCAGGCCACCGUCCAAUCAGCAGGCUCCUCCUGACGAUAAGACUACCCAGCCUGAAUGUGACUUAUCUACAGCUGAAGCUGCCCACUUCCCCAUCCUUCUUGGCCUCCUGAAAACAGGUCCUUGGGCAUGGAACAUACGAGGAGUUAUGAAGAGGGAUCAGGAAGUUGAAGAUUGAGGAGGAAACAGGGGUUUUCUUCAGGUCUAAAUGAAUGUUGUUGUGUUCCUGUUUCAUUUUCAGCUCAUUUUCAGUCUGUCUGGUUUUCGUCUGUGUGUCUGUUCGGUCUUUAGGGCUGUUUUUUUUUCAACACAGAUCCAGCCUUGUCCUGGAUUGGUGAUAGGUAUGUUAUGGUAUCCUGAAAAGCAUGUUGAGUGAUAUUCUCCAUUCAAAGUGGCUUCUUUGUACAGGACCCGGCUUAAUCUGUGUCCAGGGGGAAAUGAGUCCUUAAUGUCUGUUCUAAACCAAAUCUCACACCAAAAAUGAAUGUUCAAAAGAAUGUAAACAAAAAUGUUUUGCUUUUGUGAUACAUUUUCUAAUAUGUUAAUACAGAUUUAUUUCUUCCUCUGAAGUAGAGGGUGUAGUUGGUGACCCCUCAUUGCUGAUUGUCUACCUCAGUGACUCUGAUUUGUAUAUAGUGCUACCUCAUCUUAACGGUAUAUUGUGCAGUACUGUAUAUAGUACUACCUCAUCUUAACAGUAUAUUGUGCAGUACUGUAUAUAGUACUACCUCAUCUUAACAGUAUAUUGUGCAAUAUUUCCCCAUAACUCAGGGAAUGAAGUUGAAAACAUUUAAAAGCAAUUUCUUCUUACCUGCAUUAAUAUCCUGCAGGAAUUAUUUAGUCUUAAUUUGUUUUGAAGAUUUGUGAAAAUUCCUUUUUUAAUUAUUAGUUGUUUUUUUACAAGGUUGGAAAAGCUUUUAAGUUUUGAAUGAUGAGUCUUUUCAGUAGAGUUCUACUAUUUAAGUGCAUUAGAUAUCAUCCUUCUCUAUUUGAGUAAGAUAAAGUAACCAAAAAUAAACAUUCAACUGGCAUUUCCAGUGCACCCGACCUUAAAAGCUUUAAAAUGGCCUUAUAACAUGGAAAAGGGCUUUGCAGAUGGUCGUAGAUAUAGAGAUCCAAAGAAAUGGCCUUAUAACGUGGAAAAGGGCUUUGCAGAUGGUCGUAGAUAUAGAGAUCCAAAGAAAUGGCCUUAUAACGUGGAAAAGGGCUUUGCAGAUGGUCGUAGAUAUAGAGAUCCAAAGAAAGAGUUGUUCGCCUAUAAGUAAACAAAACCUCAAAAGCAACAACAACAACAAAUUCUACAUGCAAUAGGCAUACAGACUAUGCCAAAAUCAUGCGUUCCAUGUACAACCGUUUCCACAGAGUUCUACACAGAACUCAAAAGGGUUCUACCUGGAACCCAAACAAAAGGGUUCUACCUGGAACCCAAAAAGGUUCUACCUGGAACCCAAAAAGGGUUAACCUUUUUGGAGGACAGCCAAAGGACAGCCAAAGCCAGAGGACAGCCAAAGAACCCUUGUGGAACCCUUUUUCCUAAGAGUGUAUGUCUAUUCCUCUUUGAGUUGAAUGCAUUUCUUAUUGUACAUUUCAAGAUGAGUUUUAUAUCUGGUUGAAAGCUUUAACUCUUUGUCUUUCAGACGAUUGUUCUCCGUUUGCAUUCUAUCUAAAUCACUGAUACUAAACGCAGCAGUGAUACAGAUGUCCCACUGAGCAAAAACUGAUUCAAUCAAUGUUGUUUCCACGUCAUUUCAACAACAAAAAAUGCAAUGUGAUAACAUUGAAUCAACGUGAAAAACGGAUUGGAUUUGAAAAAAAGUCAUCACUGUAAAGAGAAUUUCAUAUUUUUUCAGCUUUUUAACCUAAGUCCAAUGACAUGGCAAAAUUUUUUGGUUUGUUGAUUUCAUGUUGAAAUCAUGUUAGUUGACAACUCAACCAGAUGUAAUUCAAAACUAGACAUUGAACUGACGUAUGUGCCCAGUGGGGUGCUAUCAGAUGCCUUCUAUCUAGAUCAUGGAUGCAUAAUACAGUAUUUGCAUAAUGUGAUAUGUUUCUAGGAUUUUGAUUCACUGGAAAGGGCAUUUUAUAGUCGAUUCUUUGCGUUGCCAAGUUCAAUCUUUUUUUAGAGUAGCUUGAGAGGUCAAAAAAUUGUUCCGUUUAGUUGUCGAUAUGAUUGUUGUUCAAGAGAUUUCACCUUAAAGAACUUCAAAGUUAACUUUGGGACUUUUAAAACAUUUGUUAUUGUUUUGUUCUUUUAGGAUAAUUUUAUUGAGUGUUGACACAUAUUUUUUAUAGAUGGUUAUAAGAAAAGAUUUGGCAAUUUUCCCUCUGUCUGUGUUCUCAAAGCCUGUGCCAGUGGCAGGUUAGUCAGUGAGCCUGUUGCCUGUUGCCAUUGCAGGACACCAAUUGAACAUUUGGAAAGUGUUGCUUAUUUUUAUUAUUUGGCUCAUUUUUUGUCAUAAUUUCCUGCUUUUGUAAUGCAUAUUUACCAUAUCAUUUUGUAUUGUUUUCUCUCAAUUGUUAAAACAAAGGUGUUUCUGUGUUACAAUGCACAAGCCAAACUGUUUGGUCCUCUCAAGAUUGUCUCAUCAUUUGAAUAAAACUGU